CGUCGGAACGAUGCAGAACACCGCCGGCGACUACUAUCAGAGGGCAAGAUGCUGUCCGGGAAGGAGUGGGAAUACGAACACGACCGCCGAGGCGUUGAGAAUCAGCACGACCGUCAGAGGCGCGGAAUUGCUCUGCUGUUGCUGCAGCUGCAGCACAUCGACAUCGACCAAGACGCCCGGCUUGCUAGCCAGCCUUGGUGUAUGCGUGCUCGUGUUGGGAUACACGUUACUCGGGGCGUUCGCGUUCAUGGCCCUCGAGGGUGGCCUCAAGUCGGAUUCAUCGAAUGACCUACUGGUUACCGGCGGUUCGAAAACCGACGGGGGAUCGUUUGUGGUGCCCAGCCUCGAGGAUGACUCUGCCUCGAUGGAGCUCAGGGCGCGCACCGUCGAGAGGCUCUGGAGUAUCACGGAGGAUCUGAAUGUCUUGUACAAGGAGAAUUGGACACGGCUGGCGGCCAGAGAGGUGUUCGAAUUUCAGGAGAAUCUGGCACGGGGUCUUAGACGGACAUCUACCUCGCAGUAUGAAGCAGUCGGGUCUCGAUCCAGAGAUCAUUCUGUGGACAGGAGACCGAAUCGACGGUGGACCUUCAGUGGCAGUCUGUUGUACUCGCUGACUCUCAUAACCACAAUCGGGUACGGUAGCGUGGCGCCCCGCACCAUCUGGGGCCGUUUGAUCACGAUCGUCUACGCCCUGGCCGGUAUCCCCUUGAUGCUGGUCUACUUAAGCACAGUCGGCGACGUUCUCGCUAGAAGCUUCCGACGUUUGUACGGUAGGCUUUGCAGGCCGCGUAAUUGCGCCAGGAAGCAACAACCACCGCCACCACCGCCACCAGUUGGCGGUAUCAUGAGCAAAACGUACCGAUACGACAACCACGUGGACUCAAAGUCUGGCAAUUAUUACUCUGCCAGCAGAGAGAGCUCUUGCGACGAUCUCGGAACACGAGGCACCAGCAGCGCGAUUCUGCUCGACUGUGGAAGCGAAGGCCUGCUCCACGCUACCACCAGUUCGACCGCCGCGCUUCAGGAUGUAUCGUCCGUGAACAGUAAACGUCACUUUCAUCCAUGUUCGUUGUCCCUGUCGACGACUUCGUCACCCGGUUACGUGGUGGAGACGAACACCGUCAGGAUACCGAUCAGCCUUUGUCUGGUGAUCAUGCUGGUCUACAUAUGCGCCGGCGCGAUCAUGUUCAAUCGUCUGGAGGGCUGGAGCUUAUUGGAGGGCGGUUACUUCUGCUUCACCAGCCUGGGCACGAUCGGUUUCGGCGAUCUGAUGCCGAUCGGUCGUAACGCCGCCACCGCGACACUGGAGGAGCUCAGCCUGUGCGCCUGUUCCCUCUACAUACUAGCCGGGAUGGGCCUGAUCGCCAUGUGCUUCAACCUUGUCCAGGAGGAGGUGGUACGCGUGGUCAGGGUCUUCGGUAGAACCUGCGGCAUGUCGUCCGGGGUGGUGGUCGGACCUAUCGGUGGUACAGGUGGCCCCAUCGGUGGUGGGCUCAAAGGGGACCUCGACGACGGCGGAGGCACCAGUGACUCACGGUUGUCCGAGCAAGAAGAGGAAGCAAUCGCCAUGUCCUUGGUGCCAGCAUCCUGACAGCAUCAGG